AUGCGUUACUCCAACAUGAUCGUCGCCGCCUUCGCGGCUGGCUCCUCCGCCUACCCCGGCUGGUCCAACAACGGCUUCAUGGACAGCCUCUACGCCCGUGCUGGUGCCAUCAGUGAUGAGCCACUCGGUGAUCUCGCCAGCCUUGGCGACUCAUCUCUCUCCCCCACCGGAAAGACUCUCAAGAACAUCUUGACCACGUCCGCAUCCGCCAUCUCUACCGACAAGUACAACGGCAACGUCCCUGCGCUCGGCAGCAAGGAGUGCGCUGCGGACAAGUGCUGCGUCUGGAAGCACGUCGGCGACGAGAUGGCCACCAUGUUCCGUGACGGCAGCGGCUGCACUCCUCCUGCCCGCGCCGCCGUUCGCCUCGGUUUCCACGACGCUUCCGGCUGGAGUAAGGCCACUGGACCCCUCGGAGGUGCCGAUGGCUCCAUCGUCCUCGCCCCCGAGGAAAUCAAGCGGGCCCUCAACGACGGUCUGCAGGACGCUGUCACGCAAACCCAGACCUGGUUCAACAAGUACAAGCAGUUCGGUGUGGGCAUGGCGGAUUUGAUCCAGUUCGCCGCCAACACCGGCACCGUCAUGUGCCCCAUGGGACCCAGAAUCACGACCUUGAUCGGUCGCAAGGACUCUUCCAAGGCUUGCCCUGACGGUCUCCUCCCGGACGUCAACGAUCCCGUCGACAAGCUCAUUGGCUUGUUUGCCAACAAGACCAUUUCCGCCCCCGGCCUCGCUGCUCUCGUCGGAGCUCACACUGCCUCCACGCAGAAGACCGUCGACCGUGCCCGUGCUGGCGCUCCCCAAGACACCACUCCGGGUGUCUGGGAUACUCUCUUCUACUCUCAGACUCUGGCCGGCGCCCCUUCUCAAGUGUUCACUUUCAACAGCGACAAGGUUCUGUCCAAGGAUUCCCGAAGCGGCCCGGCUUUCCAGGCCUUUGCUAACAACCAGCCCGUCUGGAAUGGGGCCUUCGCCAGGGAGUACCUGCGCCUCAGUCUUCUGGGUGUGGACAACAUCAACGACCUCACUGACUGCACCAAGUCUCUUCCGGUCCCUAACUAA